CGAAGCUAUCAGCUGACAAGAGGACUGGGAGAAGCACUCUGUAAACAUCAAGUGGGAAAAUGGGUACUUAGAGGCAUCCCCGCUCGCAUUAGAGUGUCUUUUCGAGUUAGGAGAAAAGCCAUGGGAUUGGCAGGAUGGUUGGUGCUGGCAGCAGCACUUCUUCUGGGCUCAUUCGGCAUCAAAGCAUGCCUAGCUUUAAUGCUUUCAGCUAUCAUAUUUUGUGGGGGAUGGCUGGUAGCAGUGCGAUGGUGCUGCUUAAUAGAGAGUGAGCAGAUGUGGCUUAACAUCCAUAGAUCACAUCUCCCCUUACCCCCUUAUCAACAUGAAAAGGUGAGCAGCAGCAUCCAGCAGAGUAGCACCAUUGAAAGGCAAGAUCGUCGUGUAACUGGCUCAAAUCUCAUUGAUGAACAGUUGCAUGGAGUGGUGACAUUAGUUGUACGAGACUUUGUUUUUACAUGGUACAAUCAACUCACUCAUCACCAGGCUUUUAUUACUCACCUCCACCGAACGGUCCAACAUGCUAUGGUGGUCUUCUCUAACAGAUGCAAGAACAUGGACUGGGUUGGUUAUUUAACAACGCGUCUGGUAGAUGAUAUUGCUUGUCAUCUUCGACUGUUUCGAGAAGCUAGGUCAGCAAGUCGAGGGAAAGCAACCAGUGAAGAGUUAAUAGAUCAUUUCUUUGAUCAGGAGGCUGAGAAAGAGAAGGAUAUUUGCCGUGAUGAAGUGUGCCUGAAGCCAGACACAGAGAAAGACUAUCUAAGCGAUCUAGCAGAAAUUAUUUUGUAUUACAUCUUACCACCUGAGGAUUUCUCAAAUGCUCCGUUGUUGGCAGCGGUGGUGGAGAUUUUGGUUUCCUCUGUCAUACUCCCUGUUGUGACUCUUGUCUCUGACCCAGACUACAUUAAUCAACUCAUCAUAUGGGCUUGCACUGAUAUUCCAAUUACAAGUGAGUUGUUUGUGAAUGUCAUAAAAUCAACAAAUAACAUUGAAGAAUUAGAUGCAGUGAGAAUGCUUGUCACAAAAGAAAUGGCCAAUUUGAGAUCAAGAGACUCAGGUGGGCGUGAUGAAGGUAAUGAAGUCAAGCAGCAACUAAGCAGUCUGGAUUUCAUUCGCCGCGUCAUAGAUAACCGCAUUAACAGAAUAGAUAAAGGCACAGAAACUGAUUCUAUGGGUUUACCAGUGAGCCUAGACUACAGGCAAUUGGCUCGAGGAAAACUAUUCCAGUUGCCCCUGGAAGCCAUCCUGAAAAAUAGUCUCACAUUGGAUCACUUUCUGAACUACAUGGCUUCAGUUAACUCUCAACAUUACAUUAAUCUUUAUCUCAAUGUAGAGUGUUGGCGAGCAGCAGUUGGUGAGCGGCUUUGCUCACUGGAGUUGGAGAGGUUACAACAUCUUGAAGAAUCUGAAGCACAGGGGUCAGGAAUGACAAUGCCAGAUCUCUGUCAUGAUCAUUUUUCUGCUCAUGACUUGUCAUCUCACAAAGAAGAGGCUGAAAUUAUUUAUGAACAAUAUUUGUCUGAAAAGGCUAGUCCAAGAGUACAAAUGGAUGAUAGCAUUGUCAAGAGAUUGAUCCUGAGAAUGCGUUCUGAAAAGGUAUCAGAAUCUUGGUUUGAUGAGGUUCAAGCAACUCUGUUCACGAUCCUACAGGAUACAGAAUUAUUUCUACCAGCAUUUAGGAGGCUUUGUGUUGAUGAAGUUGAUGGACCAAAUCAAGGAGUAAUAAUAGCUACUGUGUCAGGAGACGCCUCUUCAGCCUCAUCUAGUCAUUCUACACAUUCCAAUGAUAAUCAUCUGAAGAGUGUAUCAAGAGGAUCAUCCCGGGCCCAGUCACCUCAACCAGGGGGAUCACUUCACCCUUCUCCCUGCCAUACACGUUCUCCAAGUCUCACAGCCAAAACAUAUAAUCUUAAUGCUAAAAUUAUUGAUACUGAGAUUGUCCGAGAAGGUAGCAAGUCACAUGCCAUUUACAUUGUAUGCGUAAUGAGAAAAGAUGCAUCUGGACAAGAAGAACUUUGGCAUGUUUUUAGACGAUAUUCCGAGUUUCAUGACUUCCACUUGUCAAUUACUUCCAAAUUCAUGGACUUAUCAUCGGUUUCUUUCCCAAGCAAAAGAAUGCUGAAUAACUUGGCUGCUUGGUUCUUAGAGAAGAGAAAGUCAGAAUUAGAUGAGUGGCUUCAGACCAUCCUGGCUCCACCCACUCUUCAGUCCCAUCCUGGUCUGCAGGAAAUCAUUCAACGCUUUCUUGACCAGACUACAUACUCAACCUCUCCCCUUCCAAACAUUGCGAAAAGGGUAGAGGACAAUUUCAAGUUAGGUGUACGUAGUGUGAGUGAGGCAGUGAGGUCCAUGCCUGACACAAUAUUCAAUACUGUGGAUGGCAUGGUGGAUGGCAUCUAUCGGCGCAUUGUAGGGCCACCUCAUCGUAGACUAAACACUAGUGCUGAUUAUACUCAUAGAGGGUCACUUGAUCUAGAGGGAGAUGAAAAUAUACCUCUGCGCAUCUUGUUAUUGCUAAUGGAUGAAGUAUUUGAUCUUAGAAGUAAGGAUCAGUGGUUCAGACGUCGGAUUAUGCUGUUUUUAAGACAGAUUUUAAAAGCCAUGUUUGGAGAUAUUGUCAACAGAAGGAUUGUUGACUACGUUGCUUAUAUCACAUCUCCUGAUCAAGUUGCUGAUUACGUAAAGACUUUCAAAGAGUCAUUUUGGCCAAAUGGUGACCUAGCACCACAGGCCCCAGAGAGAGACACUCCAAUGAAAAUGAGGACCAGGGUUGCUGCCAGAACAUCAAUGUUAGCCAGUAUAUCAGAUGAACUGAAGGCAAUUUUAGGAAGUCAGACAACUACACGUGGUGUUCUUGGUGUAUAUGAUACUGUCCAGUGGACUGCACUUAACAAAAGGCUUGUUUAUGUGCUCCUGGAAGGAAUUAUUGAAUCAAUUUUAUCCAGUCAGAAGCAGAUACCUCCUUUGCUAAGGUCAUUACACACAGGUUCUGCACGUAUUGCUGCCAGAAAUGCCCCCCAUGCAAGAAAAGUGAGAACUGACCGGUGAUAAGGGUUUUCUCAUAAUAGUAUAUUAUAAACAGUGGAAACUAUUUAGUUGUAAUGAUGAAAAUAUUAUUAGGAACAUUGAAGGAAAUUACUCAAAAAAUGUAUAAGCACUGAAAUCUGAUUAAUGGUUUGUUUUGCCAAUGCUGUGUUUGAUACCAGAUUUCCUCUCGCAUUUAUUAUGUCAUAUAUGUUGUGAUAAUAAUGAUUGUAAGUACUUUUUUGUU